AUUAAUAAAUUAUUAAUAGAAUAUUGGAAAAAAUUAAAUUGUUUAUAUUAAAAUCGUUCGAAAUGUACUGUUAUCGAUACAACAAAACGUGACCUGUUAAGUUACAGUUAUCUAUUGUGGAAAGAGCACAUUUCCAUUUCGACCGUCGUACUGUUUAGAUGUGUCGACAAACGAUCAAACAUAUUUCGUAUUUAUGAAUUUUCGCAUAUAAAAUAUAUUUUUUAUUCGAAUGAGUUUAUAAAUGUUUUAUUCGUGAAAUAUUCUAUUUCUGUGUUUCAUUAUUAGAAUAGACUUGUGAAAAGAUAGAAACCUUUGAAAUAUCAAGUGAUAUCAAGUGAUAUUAUCUACAAAUGGAUAUUAGGAGGAGCUUGAGGAGGAUAGUCGACAAGGAAGAUUAGAAAAGGAUAUGACGAUACGACGACACUUGUUCGUUGCAAAUCGAAUAUCUCUCGUCUCGAUCCGCCGUCAUUAAUCGAAGCCUUCAUCUCGCGACAAGGAUAACCGAUGGAGAGUUACGAGGAGGACGACGACACCCACUUCUGCAUCAAGUGUCAUCUGACGAUACACGGCCUCGAGAAUUACGUGCGCCAUCGUCAAUCGGGAUGCCGUCCGCCCGACGACAAGAACGUGUGGGUCUCGCCCACGACCCCCGCCUCCCCCACCACCGUCUCCUACCCCGAGAUACUGAACGCGGACGCGUUCUUCAGCUCGUUGGAGCUGCAGAGCAGCUCCAAGACGAAUCCCCGGAAGGCGCCCCCGUCGCUGCUCGACGAGGGCAAGAAGUCGCUGAAGAAGGAGGAGAGGCGGAAGAAGGGGGGCCAGAGGGGGGGCCAGGUGGACGCGGAGGAGGCGAAGGAGAAGCAGCACAUUCACAACAUGCUGCCCCAGGUCCCGGUGCUCGUCGACGACCCGACCGACUACCUCUGCAUCCCGUCCCUCGUCGGCUUCCCCGACAUCGUCUCCUCGAAACCGGCGGCCGCGGCCCACAACGGCCGGAACAAGCUGGCCCAAUCGAUGGGCCACGCGACGGGCGCCGCCCCCUCGAAGACGCAGCACGAGGCGGAAAACCCCUUGGUGGAGGGCCUGAUGCCCCACGUGGAGGGGGCCAAGGGGCAGGGGGGGGACAGGAAGAGGCAGGAGGAGCAGGUUCAUCAAACGUGGCUCGAGGACACGAUACUGGCCGAGCUGGUGGCCAACAACGAGGCACCGAGCAAAGAUUUGGCCAGGUACGGGUUCGAGUAUCAACAGGAGGACGAGGAGGAGGAGGAGGACGAGGACGAGGGCGAGGACGAGGGCGAGGACGAGUCGGAGGAGGAGGAGGAGGAGGACGAGGAGGAGGAGGAGGAGGAUAUAUUGGAGGAGGACCUGGGGGAGGAGGAGGAGGACGGGUCGUACGCGGAGUCGGAGGAGGAUAGGGAGCGUUCGUUGCGCGGUCACACCGGUGGCAAAUGGAAGCCGGAAUUGGACGAUCUCCCUCAAAAUAUGUCUCAACUUCAGGACGAGGACGAAGACGAGCAGCAUCAAGAGCAUCCGCCGCCAUCUCACACCGGUGGCAAGUGGCGGCCCUCGGACGCGUCCCACAAGGAGGAGUACGGGGCCAAGGGCGGCAACGUGGGGCAGCAACCACCGCCGGGGCACACGCGAGGGAAAUGGAUCCCGGGCGCGCGGGCGGACGUCGAGUCGGCGGGCUACUGGUGCAACCCUUGCGGCAGGAAACUCGCCUCCCGACCGGUGUACGACAGGCAUCUCCGCUCCGACCUGCACGCCAGGAGGAGCGUCCGAGAGAUGGACGGCGCCCUUUGCCUGCCGCGCGCCGCCAGCGCCGCGAAGAAACCUCGCCACCAACUUGAUCGACAGAGGGGGCAAGGCAGAGGGCAGGCGGGCGAGGCGAAGGGCGUUAAGAAAAGUGUGCGGAGACGGGAGAAGGAGGUGCUCUGCUGCGAGAUGUGCAACGCGCGGGUGAGGAGGGCGCAAAUGGGCAAGCAUUUGCUCUCCCAUUACCACUGCCGCGUGGCGGGCGCGAAUCCUCGCGGGCCGCGGGCCCGCCGCUUUCUACUCGAAAAUAUGGCGAACGUGGUUCGCCAGUGCCCCUUCCAGUGCUUCUCCUGCCGCUUCUAUUGCAACACCGAGGACACCUUCCUGCGCCACUGGAGGUCCGAGCUUCACGCGAAAACCCUCGAGCGGAUAAGCGGCAGCUACAGGUGCACCCCGUGCGACUUCUGGUGCGAGGAAAACGGGGCCAUGGAGUCGCACUUGCUGGACCCGGGCCACCGAGACGUGGUCUCGAUGAUGAACGGCUCGGUGCCGAUCAUGAUCGGCCGUCAACGGGGUCUGCCGUGCGCCGGUUGCGACCGCCGCUUCCGUUACAACUUGCAGCUCCGUAUUCACGCGAAGGAGACGGGCCACGAGGAGAGCUUGACGGCGAGCGACGAGUAUCAGCAGCGGAUCAGGUGCAAGUCGUGCCCGCGAGUAGUGAGGUCGUUGGUGGCUCUCCAGCGCCAUCAGCUCUCCUGCCACGCGGCCAAGACGGCGAGGGAAGGCGACGCGGCGCCCUAUUUCUGCUCGUUUUGCUCGAUGAACUUCGCCACAGCCAGGGAGGCCGUCCUCCACAGAAGAACGUCGAGCCACAAGGAGGUGGUGAAGGCACGCAAGUGCAGCGAGGCGGUCGUCGGCCGCCAGUGCCCCCAUUGCGAGGAGAAACAGGCGAACCUCUCGGCUCACAAGAGCCACCUCCUCGAUCGCCACCCCGAGCUCUGCUACAGGUGCCCGAAGUGCGGCACGCUCUUCGCCCUGUCCCAAGACGUGACCAGGCACACGAGGGAGAACAAGUGCCACGAGGAGGAGGGGUCGAAGGCCAGGGGGGACGGGUGGAGGUGCGGCGAGUGCAGCUUCUCGACCGACUCCCGCUCGGAGUUCAUCUUCCACGAGGCGCUUCACGCGGGCCCCGUGAACGGCGAGAAAGCGGGCCCCGGGGCCAAGUACUCGUGCCCCGUCUGCGACAGGGCGUUCGCCAAGGUGUCGCUGAGGAAUCACAUCAGGAGCCACACGGGGGAGAGGCCGUUCCCGUGCGCCAAGUGCCUGGCCCCCUUCUCGAGGAGGUCCGACCUGAAUGCCCAUCAGAAGGAGUGCGCGGGGCCGUCGUCGGCCGGCUGGCCGGAUGCCGGGCCGCCCGGCCGGAAGCGCGCCUUCGCCUGCUCCGAGUGCAGCAACGCUUUCUACACCAAACACUCGCUGAGGCAGCACAUGCUACGACACGCUGGGAAGAAGUACAAGUGCGGGCUUCCGGGAUGCCCGACCGUGCUUCGCACAGCGUCCGAGCUGAGAUCGCACGUGAGCUUGGUUCACGACGCUACGCCGUCCACCAGGCGUUACAAAUGCUCGGAUUGCAGUUACGCGGCCAAAACGAGGACCCAGCUUCGACGCCACCGCGCUCGCCACGACGGACCGGAGACCGCCACCAAAUCGGAUCUUCGCCCAUGUCCAUACUCUGGAUGCGCUUUCCGAACUAAGAUCGCUUCUCAUUUGCAGCGACACGUGCGCCUCCAUACGGGAACCAAGCCGUACAAGUGUCGCCAUUGCCCAUACGCGAGCAACAAUUUGGAGAAUCUUAGGAAACACGUGUUGUCCACGAAUCUGCAUCCAGGCAAGACGAUAUACGAAUGCGACGUUUGCCAAGGGGACGAUCCGGAACCGUUUCGAACGAAUUUCGCGAAAGAACUUCGCGCGCAUUUGCUGGAAGCGCACAGCGACGCGUUUUCUACGCCUGGCCACGCGAACGACUACGUAAUCGGGAUUUUUAAAGUCCAUCGAAGCACGGAUUUCGUCGACGAGCCGAAUUAAUCGGGUUCGAUCGUUCGCUUUCCCGAACGUUGGAAAUUUACGACGGCACGCGCGUCUUAAAAUUGGUAAAAGGCGAUCCGCAACGGUUCACUUCGGCACACCGCGGCAACGUCUUUCAAAUAUAUCUUUCGGAUCGACGAUUGCUCGCGGGAGUAUCGUUGAAUUAUCCUCGAUGCACCCGGCAUAGAUGGCGUUGUUGUUGCCUCUCGUUGUUCGCGAUCGUGCGAACCGGUAGGCCUGUACCACGCCAGGAAAUAGUUAAAGUGAUGUACGGUCACGUGGCACGAUACGUAAGCACUUUAGACGCGUAUACGAUCGAAUCUUUAUAUCCCUUCGAGUUUUGAAAUAUUAUGAGAAUCGUUCGAGUUCAUCCGCCAUAAAUUAUCAUGGAUAUAUAGCCGUAACCCGCAUUUACGUUCUAAUUGGUUUCGUAAGUUGAAAGAGACGCACUUCGAAAUGAACAGAAAGUAUAUAAAUACUAUAGAUGUGAAUUCAAAAAAAAAAUAUCUAUACGGUAGAAAUGAUUUUGAAUUUGAUUUUAUCUACGUUCUCCGAUCGAAGAUACGAAAUUUAAGGAUAUCUCUGUUUCUCAUAGGAAUAGUCUUCGCCGAGAAUGAAAACGAUUUUGUAAAUGAAAUUUCCUAUACACAAUUAUCACACGCGAAUGACUUUAUACGAUACUCGUUACAAUUCAAAGUGCGUGGAUACGAAUCGAAAAUGUAUAAAAGGGAGAUGUUAUUAAUAAAAACGACGUAAACGAAGUGGACGACUUGGGUCAGAUGUCGCUACUUUCGACGAUUAUUUGUUCGAAUAAAGACGAGCGAAUUUACAAAGGAAAAAA